UUUUACAAAACCGUCUAUAUCCCUGUCCAGCCCACUAGACUAGCCGUUGGGCGAGGCCUAAGCUCCUUCCGUGUCUUGACUUGUCUCGUGACUGAUUGAGUACGGACUGAAAAAUAGAAACGGAAACAACAAAAAGUAUCACCCACUUCAUGAUCGACGGCAGCUAGCAAUGGCCGAUGAUUUAAAGAGAUACCUUUACAAACAGCUGCAGAGUAUUGAAGGUCUUCAUGCUGUUGUGGUGACUGACAGAGAUGGUGUACCGAUUGUCAAAGUUGCAAAUGACAAUGUGCCCGUCCACGCUCUUAGACCGGGAUUCCUAUCCACAUUUGCCCUGGCCACAGAUCAAGGCAGCAAACUGGGGUUGUCACGAAACAAGAGUAUCAUUUGCUACUACAAUACCUACCAGAUCCUGCAGUUCAAUCGUCUACCACUGGUCAUCAGUUUUAUUGCCAAUAGCAGUGCCAACACAGGUAUAAUGAUGAGUCUUGAGAAAGAGCUGUCUCCUCUCAUAGAUGAGUUGAAGCAGGUGGUGGAGGUCACAUAAACACAACCAGCUUCACACCCUGCUCCCUCUGUCCAUCUGACAUGGUGCACCGAGGACACCUGGCCUACUGUCAAACAUGUCUGCACCAUUGGUAAAAGAUUCUCUACCCCCUUUUUUUGUUUUCGGAUCUUUCCUCUGAAUUGCUUUUUCUGAUUUACUCAUCACGUUAACUGAUGAGAAAUGUCUGUGUCAGAAUAAAUUGAAAUUGAAAAUCAAAA